UUAAAAUAAAUAAAAUACAAAAAUAAAAUAAAAAUGUGGGGUGUGAAAUGUCGAAAUACCCCUGUCAACUAAAUAAGCGACGCGCAGCACACCAAUUGGGUCGGAUUGAUUGAUUACCCACCAAACCAAAUUCCCCUUUCUUCUUCUCUCCAUCGCCUCCUCCUCCUCCUCCUCUUCUUCCACAAGAAAGAAGCAAGAAUUGCUCUGUGGUUUGAUCGAUGAACCUGUGGACGGACGACAACGCCUCCAUGAUGGAGGCCUUCAUGGCCUCCGCCGACCUCCCCGCCUUCCCGUGGGGGGCGCCGGCGUCCACGCCGCCGCCGCCUGCGCUGUCCCAGCAGCAGCACCAGCAGGUGGUGCCACCAGCGCCGGCGCCAGCACCGGCGGCGUUCAACCAGGACACGCUGCAGCAGAGGCUCCAGUCGAUCAUCGAGGGGUCCAGGGACACCUGGACCUACGCCAUCUUCUGGCAGUCGUCGCUGGACGUCUCCACCGGCGCCUCCCUCCUCGGCUGGGGGGACGGCUACUACAAGGGCUGCGACGAGGACAAGCGGAAGCAGCGCUCGGCGACCCCCGCCGCCGCCGCGGAGCAGGAGCACCGCAAGCGGGUGCUGCGGGAGCUCAACUCGCUCAUCGCCGGCGCCGGCGCCGCGCCGGACGAGGCCGUGGAGGAGGAGGUCACGGACACCGAGUGGUUCUUCCUCGUCUCCAUGACGCAGUCGUUCCACAACGGGAUGGGCCUCCCCGGCCAGGCGUUCUUCGCCAGCCAGCCCACCUGGAUCGCCACGGGCCUCUCCACCGCGCCCUGCGAGCGCGCGCGCCAAGCCUAUACCUUUGGCCUCCGCACCAUGGUCUGUCUUCCCCUCGCCAGCGGCGUCCUCGAGCUCGGCUCCACCGACGUCAUCUUCCAGACCGGGGAUAGCCUCCCCCGGAUCCGCGCCCUCUUCAACCUCAGCGGCGGAUCCUCCUGGCCGCCGCAGCCGCCGCAGCCCGACGCGGAUCCUUCCGUGCUCUGGCUCGCCGACACGCCGGCCAUGGACAUGAAGGACUCCAUCUCCGCCGCCGAGAUCUCCGUCUCCAAGCCGCCCCCGCCGCCGCAGCAGAUCCAGCACUUCGAGAACGGGAGCACCAGCACGCUCACGGUCACGGAGAAUCCCAGCCCGUCGGUGCACGCCCCGCCGCCGCAGCAGUCGGUCGCGCAGCCUCAGCAACGGCAGCAGCAGCAGAACAGCCAGGCUCAGCAGGGGCCCUUCCGCCGGGAGCUCAAUUUCUCCGAUUUCGCGUCCAACGGCGCGCCCCCGCCUUUCUUCAAGCCCGAGUCCGGCGAGAUCCUAAACUUCGGACCGGACAGCGCCAGCCGGAGGAAUCCAUCGCCGGCGCCCCCGGCCGCCACCGCCAGCCUCACCACCGCGCCGGGGAGCCUGUUCUCGCAGCACACGGCGACGCUGACGGCCGCGGCGAACGAAGCCAAGAGCAACAACCCGAAGCGGUCCAUGGAGGCGACCUCCCGCGCUAGCAACACCAACAACCACCCGGCGGCGACGGCGAACGAGGGCAUGCUCUCCUUCUCGUCGGCGCCGACGACGCGGCCGUCCACGGGGACGGGCGCCCCGGCCAAGUCGGAGUCGGACCACUCCGACCUGGAGGCGUCGGUGCGAGAGGUGGAGAGCAGCCGCGUGGUGGCGCCGCCGCCCGAGGCGGAGAAGCGGCCGCGCAAGCGCGGGCGGAAGCCGGCGAACGGGCGGGAGGAGCCGCUGAACCACGUGGAGGCGGAGCGGCAGCGGCGGGAGAAACUGAACCAGCGGUUCUACGCGCUGCGCGCCGUGGUGCCGAACGUGUCCAAGAUGGACAAGGCGUCGCUGCUCGGCGACGCCAUCUCCUACAUCAACGAGCUCCGCGGCAAGCUGACGGCUUUGGAGACGGACAAGGAGACGCUGCACUCGCAGAUCGAGGCGCUCAAGAAGGAGCGCGACGCGCGGCCGCCGGCGCCGUCGGCCGGGCACGGCGGCGGCGACGGCGGGGCACGGUGCCACGCGGUGGAGAUCGAGGCCAAGAUCCUGGGGCUGGAGGCCAUGAUCCGCGUGCAGUGCCACAAGCGGAACCACCCGGCGGCGCGGCUGAUGACGGCGCUCCGGGAGCUGGACCUGGACGUGUACCACGCCAGCGUCUCCGUCGUCAAGGACCUCAUGAUCCAGCAGGUCGCCGUCAAGAUGGCAAGCCGCGUCUACUCGCAGGAGCAGCUCAACGCCGCCCUCUACAGCCGUAUCGCCGAGCCAGGCACCGCCGGCCGGUAAUUCAGUCAGCAGCACGAGGCACCGCCAUAUAGGAAGGAACUAUGCUCGCCAGUCGAAGCCGGCAUCGCCAUAGCCAGAGCUUCAGGAGUUGUUAUUUUUGUGAUGCCAAGACGAGGGCGAUGAUCAGACCAUGUUGUUGUAAAAUUAAGUUAAAAAAAUCUGGGUUAGAAGGAUGGAGAGGAUGAUACUCGCAGCUGCUGAUCGUCGUCUUGUUUUUGAUACUACUGAUAGUAGCAAGCAGCGUUCUUUCUUUCUUUCUUUCUUAAGCAAGGGAAGAAAUCGUCAACGAUUGCAGCCUAUGUUGGUCGUUGUUAAUUGCUCCAACCUAAUAUGAUAGACUUGUAUAUAGGAUUGGUAUUGUACCAUGAUGCCAAGGAAGGAAUGGAGGAAGGAAUACAAUA